UGUCCUGUCUUCUCUCUGUUCGUCGCAGCCAGAUGGACGUUGCCACUGACGGACGUUUUGGCGGUCCGCUACGGGGACGACUGGAUACCGGGUGUCAACGUUAAGGAGAAGCAACCUCCGACGCAGCCGACCUCGCCCACGGUCUGCCCGACGAAUUUCAUCCUGCACUACGCGGUGCGCACGACGAAGAACAAAUGGAGGCACCACAGCGUGACGAUGAGCCACACCGACCCCCGCCAGGUCGCCUCGUGGGUCAAGACUAUCCGGAAUUAUUUGCUAGGUCUGACGCACCGGCCGCGAAAGGUCAUGCUGUUCGUCAAUCCCAUAGGCGGCAAGAAGAAAGGCGUGCGGAUCUGGGAGAAGGACGUCCAGCCGCUUAUGACCAUCGCCGGCAUCGAGACGAAAAUGAUCGUGACUGAGCGCGCCGGACACAUACGCGACACUCUGCUCACGGCCGACUUAAGUGACCUACAUGCGGUGGUGUGUAUCGGCGGCGACGGUACGUUCGCCGAGGUCUUCAACGGGCUGGUGCUGAGGGCGGCUAAGGAUGAGCAAAUCGAUCCGAAUGACCCUGACGCGAGGUUGCCGAGCCCCGCACUGCCUGUAGGCGUUAUACCGAGCGGUAGCACCGACACGGUGGCUUACAGCCUUCACGGCACCACCGACGUGCAAACCGCGGCCAUUCACAUCAUCUUCGGCGACUCGACCGGCCUGGACAUCUCGUCGGUGCACAACAACCACACCCUGCUCAGGCUGUACGCCAGCGUCCUUAGUUACGGAUAUUUGGGCGACGUGAUCCGCGAUAGCGAGAAGUUCCGCUGGAUGGGCCCCCAGAGAUACGAUUAUUCCGGAUUUAAGAAGAUAAUCGCGAAUAAGGGCUACGAGGGCGAGAUCGAGUUGCUGUCGGACCCGUGCCAUCCGGCGGGCAGCACCAGGUGCAUGAAAAACUGCUCACGCUGCCUGCAACACAUGCAUAACAGCGUUCCCGAUCAGGAGAUCUCAAGGUGGGUGACGGUCAGAGGGAAGUUCUUCAUGGUGAACGGCGCGAACGUGUCCUGCGCGUGCUCGAGGAGUCCCAUGGGCUUCAGUCCGCAUUGUCAUAUAGGCGACGGCUGUGUAGAUGUUAUUCUAGUGCGACACACCUCCCUGAUCAACAACAUCAGGCUGUUGCUCAGGCUCUCCAGCAAACGAAAGACUCUGUACGACCUACCGUUCGUCGAGGUCUACCGAGCGAGAGAAUUUACAUUCCGCGCCCAGCAGCAGCUGCAGUCCCAGGGCGAGAUCAAUCGCCUCGGCUCCCGGAUCAGCGUGUGGAACUGCGAUGGCGAGGUGAUUGACAGCACCAACGUGAAAAUCAGGGUACACUGCCAACUGCUGAAGGUCUACACGAGACGCGCUCAAGAACCGGUCCGGCAAACAUCCUGCUUCUCCGCCAUGUGA